UCCCUCUCUUUAAGGGGAAAAAGGAGAACCCAUCAUCAUUUCCAUCACUACCCAACUACUUAUAACACUCAGCCCCACACUCACAUUUCCUAUACCCAAAUUCUAACCCUCUUUUUCUUCUUCCCCUUCCUUUCAAACCUCCUACAAUGCUCCAAAUCUCCUUGCUUUGAUUUCUACCUCUCUCGUCGAUCAACGCUUGGACGCCGCCUGAGCAUGGCCUCCUCCGCCUGCUUCAACAUCUCCCAACCCAUUCCCGUUUUUGCCUUGCUUCUUUUGCUUCUUCUUACUUCCACAAUAACUCCGCUGCACUCCUCGCCAACCCAAACCCACGCCACAAAUCAGACCUUCCAUCCCCAACAGGAAUUAAACAAGCUCAAGAUGAUAAGGGCUCGCUUGGACAACAUCAACAAGCCUGCCCUCCACACAAUUCAGAGUCCUGAUGGGGACCUCAUAGAUUGCGUUUUAUCUCACCUGCAACCCGCAUUUGAUCAUCCCAAGUUGAAAGGGCAGAUACCAUUGGAUCCGCCAGAGAGACCAGAAGGGCAUAAGCCGCCUAGGACGGUGACAGAGAGCUUCCAAUUAUGGAGCAUGAAUGGAGAAAAUUGCCCAGAGGGAACCGUCCCAAUAAGAAGAACAACUGAGGAAGACAUGUUAAGAGCUACCUCUUUUCAGAUGUUUGGAAGGAAAGUAAGAAGAUGGGUUAGGAGAGAAACAAGCAGCGACGGGCAUGAGCACGCUGUGGGAUACGUGACCGGCGAUCACUACUUCGGGGCGAAAGCAAGCAUCAAUGUGUGGGCACCACGAGUCGCCGAUCAGUAUGAAUUCAGCUUAUCGCAAAUGUGGGUCAUCUCCGGCUCCUUCGGCGACGAUCUCAACACCAUUGAAGCUGGUUGGCAGGUUAGUCCAGAACUGUAUGGAGACAAUUACCCAAGAUUUUUUACUUACUGGACCUCGGAUGCAUACCAAGCAACCGGGUGUUACAAUUUGCUAUGCUCGGGGUUUGUCCAGACAAACAACAAAAUUGCAAUUGGGGCUGCAAUUUCUCCAACGUCUUCGUUUGACGGCGGUCAAUUCGACAUCAGCUUGUUGGUCUGGAAGGAUCCGAAGCAUGGAAAUUGGUGGCUGGAAUUCGGGUCGGGAGUUUUGGUGGGGUACUGGCCGUCCUUCCUCUUCACCCAUUUACAGGACCAUGCAACAAUGGUGCAAUUCGGGGGAGAGGUGGUGAAUUCAAGUCCGUCGGGAUUCCACACCACUACAGAGAUGGGGAGUGGGCAUUUCGCCGGCGAGGGAUUCGGAAAAGCCUCCUACUUUCGGAACCUGCAGGUGGUGGAUUGGGACAACAGCUUGGUUCCAUUAUCCAACUUGGUGGUUUUGGCGGACCAUCCCAACUGCUACGACAUUCAAGGUGGGAUCAACACCGUUUGGGGAAACUACUUUUACUACGGUGGACCGGGUCGAAACGGCCGAUGCCCUUGACACUACACAGGGCCAAAAGGGUAAAUAUACUUUUAUUUUUUUCUAUUUUCUCUCUAAAUUAUUCAAAUUUAUUCGUGGGGGGUGAUAUACCGAUUACCGAUAAAGGGGUGUUGAAUGUUUUUGGAAAAUAGUCCUCUAAUUUGGCGCCA